GCCAAAGCAGCUCCUUCACGAACUCGCAAUCUUCGAAUUUGUUGAUGUAUCCAUCGCGAUUUUGGACAAAUAUGUCUGGGUUCGAAAGGAUGCAAGCCUGUCAGUCGUGCUUACUCGUCUCUGAAUCACGCAAAAAUCUGUGCUGGUGCACGUUGCUGAGCAUCAAAAGCUUGGAUUUGGAUUUGGAUUUGGAAAAGUGAGAUGCAGUUUGUCAAGAUUUUCACGCAGCAACAGUUUUUCUCGAGGCGGACUAAUGUGUAAACGAGUCCUUUUGUAAAUGUGGUUUCUACUGAUCUAGUAAAUUUGAGUCUGUUUCUCGAUUGCUGAUGUUGAACCAGCUUCCUCAGUUUCGAUCCUCAUUGGCGAGGACAAACUGCCACGCGUGCACAUCUGUGCACAGUCACCAGUAUCCGUUCCAGGAAUUAUCAUCCCAGUUGCUCCAGUUGUUUUUGUUGUUGUUCCACUGGUUAUUUUUCGGCUUGUUGUUCUUCCAGGGUUUGCCACCACCUUUCUUGGCUCCCUUGCCUUUGCCCUUCUUGCCUUUCUUGCCCUUGCCCACCCUUCGCAUCAGCCGCAGCAGCAGCUCCUUCGUUCGGGUUAGCGCCACCGGCCCCGUCGUCGAUGCGGUGCAAGCCCUUGGCCUUGAUCUUCAGGGAAGAGCCGAACUUCUUGAAGACAUUGCGAUCGUUGUCCCGGAUGAAGUCAAGCAUCUUCAUCGCCAGUUCGCCCAGAUGCAUGACAAAUUCGAUCCGUCCGCCCUGCCGCUUGUUGAUGAAUUCUUUCAACAUGUUCCGGCUUCAGGUGUUUCCACAUGUCGCCGACGAACUUGGUGCGCGCGAAGGUGAAGGCAUUCCGCUCGUCCAGGGUCCACUGCUCAUCGGCUUUCUCCUUCAUCGCAAAUUUGCCAGUGUCAUCCUGCUCCCAGACCACCUUGACAUCACUGACACGGGCAGCAGCGAGGAGGUCCUUGAUGUCACUCAGGAUCUUCUUCUUGUCCUCCGAGGUGAGGCCCUUGUACUCGUCGUGGCCGCCGGCAGCCGCAGCCGGCCAGCGGAUACUUGCAGCACCAUCCUCGGGAACCUGCACCAUGAUGCAGCGCUCCUUGGCUUCGCGGGCCAGUUUCCGGCUCAUUUUGCUGCACGCGGGGGGGUGUGUGUGCAGUGCGACAAAGUGAAGGCUCUUGUCUUCUUAGACAGAAAUUUUGCAGCGCGUUCUAAUUUUCACAGAGAGUUAGCAGUGCAGCAACAAUAUGAACCAGAGGCAGAGGGCACAACAGAAAUUAGCUUAGCAUCAGAAAAACAGCAGCAAGGUCGAGAAAGAGAGCCGGCGCACGCAGUGCAAAGCAUGCAUAAAGCAGAUCAUUGCGGAUUUCGCCGCGCAGGCUCUGCGCCCGCGCCGGGUCUCGUCUCUGCGACCGCGGUAUUGCUGGGUCUCUGCGACCGCAGCUACACAUCUAAACACGUUGCUGAGCCACCAGUGAAAACCAAACGCAAAAAACAAGAGAACAACAGAGCACACUGAUGGAAAUUGAAUGCAGUGAACUUUCCAGAACUCUAGACCCGGCAAGACUACGAAAAAAGUCGUUUGUUUUGAUGACCGCAGACCUCUGAAAGUGAGCACUUUUUGGGUUUUAGGUCGGGUCGCCAGUUCUGAAAAGCUAUUGCUGAAGCUGAACCGCGCACGAAACGAACUAAAACUGCGCCGCUGCAGCAGGCAGGUGCGCAUUGGGAUUCGCAUCAAAAUUUGCAAGGCGAGUGAUGUAGGCUUGAAUUUCUGUACGCUGCAUACCUUUAGCCUGAUCCGUAACAGGGUCACAGGUCAGCGCAUGCUCAGACACGACCCGCGCGGUCUUGAUGCCUAAGCCGCUGCCUGUACCACGCCAGCCGCACUCCCUACAGUGCCACAUAUUUUGCCAGGGAAUCUGAGUGCGCCCCUCGACCUUAGUGCGGACGCAGAUAACACGAGCCAGGUCAACACUAGAAAAGUCCAGCUUUGCACAGGCCGUCUUAUGGUGUUUGAGUGCUCUACUAUCAGCCUCAUAACGAAUGCCACACGUGGGGCAUCGGUGUUCAGAAACAACGCUGCCACUGACUAAAGAAGCACCAAAAUCCUGAUUGCGCGCUGUACGCAGGGCGCCACAAAAAGUCCGCCUGUUGCUAUGUUGCCCCAGGCACUUGCCUCCUUCAUGCGAAGCAUAGAACUCAAGCUCAGCCUCACGGCGCAAGUGCUGCGCUGUGGCCUGCUGCCACUGCCUCCUCGACAUGUUUGCCGAGACCCCCGCGCGCGUCAUAAUCUCCUGCCACUGCUUCACGAGCGGCUUGUGCUGUCGCCGCCGGUUUGCGCGGGCGUCCUGGGACGGCAAUACGAGGCGCGAUUUCCACAGGUCCUGCUCUAGCCGCCCCGAUGGAAACCGCAUGUCGAACCACUCGCGCUUCGAAGGUAGACCGGGCGCAGAGAUGUCCUCCGGGUCGUCUACUCCCUGCCGGAAUUUGUGACCCAGGUAGCGCAAAGCCAGGUCCUCGACGAUGGUCCGGCUGGAUGGUAUGCCAUAGGCCCGCCGCAAGUCGAAGCUGUUCUUCACGCCUGCCAUCUGGCUGAUCUUCGUGCAGGAGAUGCCCCGUAGCAUCCUGCUUACGAACCUGUCGCACUCCGCGUCGAUCUCGCUGGUCCAAUACCGUCCGGCGGUGCAAUAGUAGAGGAAACUCAAGACGUUGGACUUGAGCAGGGCUCCACGCGCCUUGAGGGGUAUGCCUCUGCUCUUCCGCAUCCUCUGGAAAAUCGGUCUCCAAAUCCCCCAGGCCUUUUGCGCUUUCGUCAUGUGUCGCCGGAACUGCUUCUCCGCUGAGUGCUUGCUGGUGAUAUCGCAUCCGACGAUCUUCGCGGUAUCUUGGAACCCCAGUGGCUCGACCUGCUCCUGACCCGGUGCCAUUGGUCCUUCGAAGAGAUCGGCCCGAGUGUGCUGGCUGCGUAUCAGCAGGCGUUCGGUUUUCGCCGGAUGUACUUCCUGUCCGCAAGUUGCUGCAACGUCGCUCGCAAUUUGCCCCGUGGCUUCUGCGUUCUUCAGCUGUGUCGGAAGUGUCGCGUCGUCUGCAAACAGCAGCGCGAUCAGUUUCUUCACUGUCUCGGCCGCGUCAUGCGAGUCCUCCGGCACAGAAACUAAGUGCUUCAGAAGCUCGGCGGUUUUUACGUACUUGACCCCCGUCAUCUUGCUCGCCAUCUCCUUGUACAUUGGCGCGGAAAGUACGUUGUAGAGCGAGGGGCUGGAGCAUCCCCCUUCUGUGAAGCCUCUCGUCGAACUCCACUGGUCGCUCUUCUCGUCUCCUAACUGCAUGUAGAAUUUCGGAUGCUCGUGAAUUGCUUCCAAAGCUGCAAUGUCAUCCAUUGGCAUGCCUGUUCGCUCCAAAAUCAUGAAUGUAAACACAUUUUCGCACUACUGAGGGAAAGGCCUUCUUGAAGUCAAUCAGGAUGUAGACCAACUCGUCUGCCAAGUCCCCCCGCUGCUCCGUCCUGGCCAUGUCCGCCAGAACGUUCAACGCUACUACCAGGUCGCACGUGCUGCAAUCUUCACGAAAACCCCGCUGCGCUGCCUCUUCGUCCCAGAAUCCUCGCGACUCCAGGUGCCAGGCAGUGCGCUUCUGCAAAAUAGACUCUACGAUCUUGCUCAGCAGGCAGAUGAGGGCUAUCGCGCGGUAGUUCGUCAACAACUUCGGGUCGAGUCCUUUGCCUUUGAACAGCGCCACCAUCUUCACAAGCUGCGUCUUUGCUGGCAGUUUUUUCUGCUUGGAGAUUUGCUGGACCAAUGACACAAACUCCCCCCAGGCAAUCUCGCCAAGGUUCGUGAUGUGCAACCUGUGCGCGGUGUCAUGUCCGGUCGCGCAGUCCCGCAUGUUGCGAACGAUCUCCCAGAUUUCGGUCGGUUGCGGUACUCCCCACCAGUCUUCUCCCGAGGGCGGCUGCUGCGGAACUUGCCGGGCUAGUAACUCCACAAAACCUUCCGGCACUUCGCCCGUGCGCCGCAUCAACGCCGAAGAGUGAGCCUCGGCCUGCGCUGCGGAGAAGGGAAAACCCGGAUCGCCUUUUGCUGUCGUCUCGUGAGAAUAGAUCGCGCCGCUCUCCUUCAGUCGCUGGAAGUCCGUUCUUGGGCACCUCUUGUAUUCAUCUGCGCACUGAUCCGUAAGACUGGUGAUGUACAUCUGGAACCUCUCCUCGUCGCGUUGUUUGUACUCCUUCGCCAUCUGCCGCGCCUGUCUGUUGCACUCCCGUCGAAAUUCGGCGUCCGCCGAGUUGUUGCGCUCCCACAGGGUCCGCGCCCGGUUCUCCUUCAAGAGUUCCAAGUCCUUCAAAUCCACCCAGGGCGGAUACCUGCGCGCGGCCUGUUCCGUGUUCGCCGGGAUCGCUUUCGUCGCCGCACUGUUGAUCGCGUUCUCAAGUCGCUCCCAACACUGGUCGAUGUCUUCCUCGUCAAACUCUUUCACAUUGGCUACAAGAGCUGCAUCAGUUUCGUGCCCAAACGCGUCCCGCACCUCCUGGUCACGCCGCAAUGCGUGAAACGGCAGGCGCGCCUGCCUGUUCUGUGCCCGUAGGAGAGCCGCCCGGCGCUGCUCAGCCUUUGAUCUGCCUACCACGAUACAGAUUUUCUUCAUGCGGUGAUCGGUGCGGAGGUUCGGGGUGUGGGUUGUGACACGCCCGAAGCGUAUGCGUUUCGUCAGGAAGAAGUAGUCCAGCUCAUGCCAUCGGUUGUUCGCCAUCCUCCACCAAGUGCCCCGCGAGUGCACUGCCUUGAACGUGUCCGGAAUGGUGAGGUUGUUAACCAGUGCGAACUCCAUGGACUCUUUUCCCGUUCCCGACUGUGCUCCGCUGAGUAGGGUGGCGGACCCGAUUGCGCCCUGCGAGGUCAUCUCGAACGUGCGGUCUUCAUAUCCCAGCGCGGCAUUCCAAUCGCCGCCCAGAACCAAGUUGCCCCGGCCAACCGCGCAGAGGAGUUUUUCGCGCGCCGUCGUGAACUUCUCCAACUCCUCCAAGCGCCCCGCAGUGGCGUUCCGGGGUGGUUGGUAAGCUGCUGCCCACCAGUGGCCUUGUGCAUAAACAGCAUGAAGCCGCGGCCCGAAGUGCUUGCGUGGUGGUUCUACUAUCGUAUUGCCGUCCGGACUGAUCAGCAGCGACUUGUGGAUUACUACUGCAACCUUGGCCGCCCCAAAGACUCGGAACGGCCCCCACUUGCAGCUCCAGCUGCUUGGCGUCGGAAUGCCCUUGCUGGAGACGUCGGACAGUAGUACCACUUUCCCCCCGUGCUUGCUGAUGUAGCGCAUCAAGUCGUCGAUCUUCUCGCAGGAGUUGCGCUCCUGCUGGUUGAGCUGUUUCUCCCGUGCGCCUGGUAGCAGCCAGCGAAAGGCUGCCAUUUGCGUGUUUAGUGUGGAAGUGGUGAUCCACGCGCCCUCGGCAUGCGGUUGGUUGCAUUGCCGCUGCUUGUGUCGUACUCGAUCCGGAUUGCGUCCCAUCACUGCGCUGAGAAUCGCAAAAAGGAUCAGAAAAGUGCCCGCAACGUGGCGGGAGGUAGCCAUUGUUGUUGGUGACUGUGCUCGUCCCUUCGUCAACAGCGUAGCGCCAAGGCCUGACAAUCCUGAACAGAGGCGCGGGACCCGACAACCGCGCCUACUGCUUCUCCGAUUUACACUCUUACGACGUUAUUGUGGUGCGCGCCACGCUUGGUCGCGUUACCAAAGAGAGGAAAGGGAAAAGAAGACCAAAGAAGCUAGCGCUUCCCGCUCACCUUGCGCGGGUGGUGGCGGUGCGCCAAUGCAACGAGACGACCAUCAUGAUGCCAUUAUUGAUUGAUUGAUUUUGGCUCAGUACUUACUUGAUUCUUCGUGGGUCGACACUCCUAAUCUCGAGUUUUCCACCCUUAUGUGUCUAUCUUCACUCUCCUUGAGCCAAACGCAUGCUGCUGAAAGAAGAAAUCUUUCCUGCCCCGCUUUCUGUCUCUCCUGCUGAGCAUCAAAAGCUUCCCACUAUAUCUUGGCACACAGAGCAGUGCGAGUUCGUCAUGCGGGGUAGACAUCAAGAAACCAGCGGCGCAUAGCCAAAACCCUCACACAUUAUGAGUUAUGCUGUUGGAUGCUGAUGCAUGAACGUGACCAUUUGUCGCGUGAUGCACUCGAUUGUGCACGACUACAAGCACGCCGACUUUAAUAUUUCCAGCACCAGACAAAUUUGCACGUGAUAUGAUGCACAGUUUGAAUCUGACGCAGCAGUUGCAGCAGUUACAGAAUCAGCAGAUGAUGGUCGGGCCCAACGAAGUAAGUCGAGCCGGCUCAGUGUCGCAGUCCCGUUCGCCGGGUCGGCAAACGCCGUCGUGGACGGCGCCCAGUUCGGAGAGCCCGGCCGCCCGCUUCAAGCAGGACUGCGGUCCUCACCAACACCUAAACCAUCUGCUGGAGCAACAGCAGAACAUGACCCCGCGACACUUCAGUACGCGCGGCGGGGGUGGAGGGGGUUCUGGCGGCCUCUCCUCGGCCUCGAAGGGCCGGGCCGGAGGACUGAUUAUGCCUGGUGCAGGUGGUACGGGUAGUCGCACCUCCAAGUUGAAUCCACAAGUGCACCAAUCCCAGGCCUUAAUGGGUAACCAAAGCUUUUUUGACAAGCGACACGCCUCCCGGUUGUACAGUGUUGGCGGCGCGAAGAAUUCGUGGGCAAAAAUUAUAUCAUCUUCGAUGAAAGACGCAUCAUUCGCGGAUCAUUCAAAGCCAGGGGUGAAAAUGCCUUUGGGCGCUAUAAUCUAUGGUUCAUCUUCAGUCGCUCCUGGAGGAAAAAUACCGCAUGAGCAUGAUUUUGGUGCGUUCCUUACCGGUCCGUCGAAGGAGGAAGUCGCAAGGGACGAAAAAACGAGCCAGGAGCUCGUGCACCUGAUGCUGCUGCAGCUGGUUCUGAAGCUUCUCUUUACCCAGGACCAGGGCUUUUUUGACCCGGCGUAUUUUCACGAGACGAGCCACGUAUCAACCGCAAAAACGUCUGGGUCUGGAAGGAUCCGAACUUGUGAUGCGUACUGCGGAUCAUACAGAAAUCUGUGUUGCAUGACUUGCAAAAGGUCCCCAUUUCUGGCCAUUCUGAGAGGGCAUGUCUCAUGCAGAAUAGGCAUCACCAAGGGGCUGCAGAACCUGUGAUGCCAGGCCCGCCAUUCCAGACUUGGCGGAGCUUGGAAAAACUGCAUCACAAGUCUCGGAAUCUUCCAGGAGACCCAGACACAUUUGCAUUUGAUACCACGAGGACGAGAACAUUUGUAACAUUCUAAAGUCGCAUUUGAUGUACGAAUCCAACCAGCACAAGGUCGCGGAACUGGUCGUUGCUGAGAGCCUGCCCUUGGGGUUGGCUGCUCCUCAUCCAACUACAGUAAGUAGGACGGCGAGUGGACGAGGCCUCCGUAUGAUUGUUGGUAGCACUGGCGCGAGAGCUACGGCCACGCAACAUCCAAGUUGUUGUGCAAGAACUUCUUGCUCGACCACCGGUGCUCUGCGGUUGCUGAAAUUGCUGUGUUACUCUGCGUCCGAGUACGAUGCCAGCUUCGAUGCUGUGGUUGCUCCUGAGCAGCGUCAUCUGGCCGACUUUGCGGAGAACGCCGUGCAGAUUCCCAGUACCGGACAGUUUUCGGAAAUCUACAGCUUCAAAAACACACUGAUGGGCACCGGGAGGAACAGCUCGCAAGAGCAAAAUGGUGCUUUUUUUUCGUCGAAAAAAUCGCGGACAGGAGCUAUGACGAGAGCAGUCCGCAACGCCCCCUCGCCACCCUCAUUCGAAUGGCAUGAGCAGCAAGACAAGCAACAGCGGAAAUGGGACGUCCCCAUGACAAAUGAUCUGCAGAUGGAUUGUAGUAUCGAUUCAGGUUCUUCCGAAAUUUGUCAUGCAGACAGUGCUUGCAGGCCAGUGCCGGGCGUGGAUUUCUUUGGUCGUCCUUUGCAUGACAAAUAAGGGGGAGGGGGAGUACCUGCUUGUGCAUUUUUAUAUAAGCAGGACGUGACGCGGAAGAGCACGUCUUAUUUUCGUCCGGAACCGCGGCGGCAAACUCGACGGGUCGGGGUCUUCAGCUCCUUCCGUCGGAGGAAACAAGUGCGAAAAAUGAUAUGAUUCUGAAAACGGUAACUGCGAAAUCGCAGUCGCAGGACCGGGUCACGACCGCCUCCAAGCGCAACAAAUUGCACGACUUUCUGCUCGAGGUCUAUUGUCUGGACGAAGCGCGGUUGCAGGGCCGGCACGUGUGCCAGUUGCUGAACUUCGGGUUUAUGGGACCCGACAACUGUCUCCACCUGGGUCAAGAGCGAUUUUGGCUGUCGAUGGAAAGUUAUCCGGUGAAUUGCCAGAAGUACCGCGAGAAGUUUUUGGCCAACCUGGUGCAGGACGAGUUCAAGUUGCAGAACCGCUUUGCGUAUGCAUUUCAAAUAUGUCUGGGUGUGGAAGGAUGGAGCUUGUGAUGCGUCCUGCUUGGAUCACACAAAAAUCUGUCUUGCGUGAUCACCAAAAGUUGCCCUUUUCUGACCACCAUGAGAGGGGGUUUCUCAUGCAGGACGGGCAUGACAGAGACCUCGCUGAAUCUGCCAUGUUAGGUCCUGCAUUCCAGCCCUCAUGGGGCAUGGAAAUUCUGCAUGACAAGUUUGUACUCUUCCAGAUGCAGACAUAUUUGCACUUGACAUUGCGUGGGAGAUCGUCCCCCACUGCCUGGCCAUGUACGCCCAAAUGCUGGAAGCCGUGCGGUUUCUGCAGUCCUUGCACAUUGUGCACCACGACCUGAAGCCGGACAACUUUUUCGUCGACUGCAGCCGUAGGUGGCAGCCCGACACCAGCACGUCGUGGUCGAGUGCUGCUGCAAGACCGGCGCUGGAGGAUUUUGGUAUCCACCACCACCGCGGAGAAGAUCUCUUGAAUGUGGUCAACAUGCCGGCGAGGAAGUAUGAACAGCAGGAGCCUGCUACAGCUGGUGAGACUUCUUCUACACGUAGUACAUUGGAAGGACGACCACAACAUCAAUAUUCACAUGGUCAACAGCAGGACCACCAUCCGUAUUUUUCCCGGGUCGGCACUCACUUUCCACACGUCGUCGUGUCGGAUUUCGGCGAGGCAACGCUUUUACCCGCGCCGACGUCUACUUCACGGGGGAUAAAUUAUUUUCCCUCUACUUCAGGAGAUCAUGAUGAUGUUGACAUCGUGGCGACGGCCGCGCCUGCUAGUACAGCCGACGUGAUUUUCCCAAGCAGCAACCGGGCCGCCGCCGCGGUGCAGAACGACGAAACGAGUGGUCAACGUGGCCAAACAAGAAGUCAGACGAGAAAGACCGAAGUAGUAGCAGCCAACACAUCAACGGGAUCAACAAACUACAAGGGCUCGUCCUCAACCUCCUCGUCGGCCAGGGCGGCGGCGAAAAGUUUUGACUUCGAAAUUGGGUGGGCCCAGUCGGGCACGGGGUCGGAGAAGGCCCGGGGGGCGAUCGAGCUGCAACCACCGGAGAUGGCGCUGCAAACGAAGCUGCAGGAUAAGCAGCACGAAAACUAUGAUCGACGAAAGAAACACUUGACGCAAGACUUGAUCUCGCUGGCCUCCGACAUCUGGAGCUGCGGGAUCCUGUUCUACCAGGUGCUGCUCGGGACCGCGCCCUUCAGCGAGUACGAAGUCAUCGGCAUGAGCGGCGCCAUGAUGAACAGCAGUGCGGGGGGAGGUGUGGUCGCGCAACAGAGGACAGGGGAGCACCACUUGGUCCAGCCCCGACACCAAGCGAAGCUCGGGAACUCCAGCGCAAUGACACGGUACAUGCGCUUCGUGUUGCAAAAGGAUCCCAAUCGGAGGCCGAAAAUUGCCGAGCUCAUCCGCAUAUCAACUGCGGAGAAGGACUAUCGCACUGGCUGGUCGUACCGAGUUAGCACUUGAUUGCAAUCAUCAUGCAACACAGACAAGUGGCCAAUCUGCAGAAGACUCUGUCAGCAUUACGAAUUCGAAUUCCACCUUUGCUCCAGUUGGAAACAAGAAUGAAACUUGUUGUGUUGCAAUUUGGUACUACCAGAUAGAACGAUAGUUUUCAUUGUUGCAAGGCAUAUCGCAACUUCCACUACGAGUUCCUCCCGACGCUGCUUGAAGAGGAGGCGGGAAACGACAAACUUCCGAAAUGUGCACCCAGUUUGAAGUAUGCUCUGCAAAAGUAUCGUACUCGUAUAAGUGGCAACACUGUCACUGCAUGACAGGUUUGCUUCCUUAGCUGUUGAAUCUGCACGACAGCAUUGCAAUUUGAAUUUUGUUCUUGUGAAAAUUUGUAAUUGUAUUUGCUAUUCAUACAAAUAGUGCCAUACUUUUGCAAUGCAUAUGAAGUUUCCCACCCCGGUGCUGGAAGAGCAGGCGGAAGAGGACCGGAGGAAGGAAAUAUGCAAAGAGAAAAUUGUCACAAUUGCAGUUAGAGAUUGCGUUGCAGCCAGACCAAACAACACAGACAAGCUCUGUCAUGCCAGAUAUGCAAAGGAGCAUUGUUGUUUCAACAUACGUGUUCUCCCUUUUGAUCUCUGCAUUCCAAGGCUCUUUCAUCUCUGAUGGAGAGAAAAUUUGUGUUGCUAAAUUGACAUCAACCAUCAUCAACGUGUAAACUGUAUACACUUUUGCCGUGGGAUAGGAGAGGCUGGCAGCACACUGGUGGACGAGCUUGCAGAGGAACGAAGAACAGAGGAAGGACGAGGAUUCAUCGGGCGGGGACCUACAUCCAUCGCAACACGAAGUAGAUCAUGUUGACCAACAAGAUCAAGAAGACCAGCAGUUUGUCUCCUGUGUCACUUUAGGCUGCUAUCAGGAAGAGCGAGUGACCCUGUCGGUACCACGACCAGCCCACCAGCAGCUGGGUGGUGGUUCAGCCACGACGUCGUCUUUCGUCACACUGCACAUUGUUGAUCGGGAAGAUGAAGGUGACUUUUCCUCCUCGAAGAUGCGGACGAUACAGGCUGCGGGCACGACUAUAGUACCUUCUGCAUCGGACCGACAACACCUCGCAGCUUCAGUGUGCCAGCUCCUCCGUGGGUGUUUUUUCGCGACCUUUUCUUCGUGCGAAAAACUGCUCCAGGAUCAUGUUGGCCAAGAUGAGACUGGAAGAACACAUGAAGCAGGUGAAGAUCAUCAUGACAGGGUCAGAAAUACGUACGCCAGCGGGACUACGGGAGGGGGAUCAUCCUCGGGGCCGGAAGAACGGCACACCACGCAAGAGGUCGUUGCGGAAGAAGACCUGGCUCGUGGUGAUGACAACGGAGACCCUCAUCCCCCAGACGGGGUGGCAUGGCAAGGGGCGAAGAACCACGGCGCCGAGGACGAUAGAUACAACCAGACGGGGUCGACGAUUUUUAUCCUGAGAAAACGUCAACGUCCCCACGCGGUCACGCCCACCAGAGAUACUCAUAGAAAUUAUUCGCACGCUAAAUCAAAAUCUCCUGAGCAGGGUAUGUGUAUUCUCAAAUACUGAUCAUGCGCUGAUACAACAUGAGGGGCAUUUUCUCAACAUCAUGCUGCCUAGGAGUUUGUCAUGCUCGUGCUAGCAUCAGACUCUCAGGAUAAGGAAGGCGAUUUGCAGCGAUGUCUUCCCUUGCGCUGGCUACACAGGGUCAGACUGCGAGCCUACUAAAACUACCGUCAUGCGCAGCAGCAGCUACACCCAAAAUCCGUUCGUUGGUUUGUGUAUCAAAGGCCGCAUCGUGCUUCCGGGGCUGGAACGUUUUUACACAUGAUAUCGAUAAAGCCACCAGGGGGAGAUGCGCCGCAUGCACAAGGUGGACUCGUCGCCGGAGUAAAUAAAGACGACGCGCUGAAGCUGCUUCUAUCGACGCCACCGCAGCAGGACUCGUUAUGCCACGUUACGUACAUCCCUUCUUGCGCAGAGGUGGUCCGCCUUAAUAGUGGUGGUUCACAGGUGGACCAGGGAAUGAGUACCGUGACGACGAGCGAUGGGCCUUUUGGCUCUCGUCCUGCUGCCGGGGCUUCCUCCGUACAAUCAUCUUCGUCGAGGAGGAGCACGGGAACUGCUGGCGGUCCUGCUCAAGGAGUAGAACAACUCUCGAGGAGGUCCUCGUGGAGAAAAAAAACCAAGAUAGUACCGGCGACGAAGAAGCAAAAGGUGGUACUGUUUUGCUUUUAUCCAAAGUUGCGGCCGAUCUGUGUACAGAAUCGGGGAAGCUCGCUACUGCUCAUCGACACUUCCCGCCGCGUAUUCUACCACAAUCCGGAGUUUUUUACGAAAGUAGUGGAUUAUAACUCAAUUUUAUGCAGCUCCCCCGACGUAUUUGUAAUUGUAUUUCAAUUUCUCGGGAAAUCGAAAAACCAACUUCAGCUCUGUGGUCUUUCUUUCGUAUAAAAUACUAUUUGCUGCAGUUACAGCAUAGUAAGUUGGUAUGAGUUGUUUUCAAAGUUUUCGAGCGAGCAGGCGACCCGAACAGAAACAGUAUUACAGACCAAGCGUGAAGAAGCUGUCAUCAUGCAGAGGCUAGCUACAUGACUGUGAAGACGUGCAUAUAGUUUUUUUUGAUGCAGCUUGAGCUUGAUAUAAUUAGUACGAAGCCCGAGCCCCUGCUGUGAGGGUGGGAGGAGUUUGUCCAUUCUCAUAUUCGUGGAUGUGCUCGUGGUGGGCAUCGGGUCCGCAGAUCAUCCGGGCGGAAAAAUGACGGGCGAGGAAGAGGACGCAGACCACCCGAAAAAUGCAGCGACCGAAGACGCGCGCCCGCAGCCGGCCGCAGGGCCACGAAAGAAAACAGCAGCCGAGCGGCUCAUAUUCGAUCCCGAUUCGUUUGUCGAGAAAAAUCUGCGGAAUCCGGAAUUUUGGAAAUUUUUUCAAGAGGAUGUGGCCUCUGCGUACUAUCGCAAGAAUGCAAAAAGCUCCACAAAAGAGUCGAAGUCCGCCAUGUCGACGUCAUCUUCCACCAGGCAAGAGACAAUGCGGGUGGAAGAACAAGUUUUACAACUAGGUUUAUUCGGAACGAAUCAAAAUAUUCUGUUCCUGGAAGAAAGUUUCCCCACGCUUACCUGUGGAGGACGUCCACCACAUGAUCACGCGAGCAGUUUUUUCGAUGAAAUGAGCUCCAUGCAACAUCAUGCUCUUGCGGGGCGGGGCGGGAGUGACGGCAGGGCCGCGGGGGUCUUCGGAGGGGGGCCACUGGAACUACACGCACUGGAUUCCCAGCGGUCCUUGAAUACGCUCACCGUGACCUCUAACUACAGUACGGCGCACGGUGCCGGAUUCGCAGAGCAGGGUACUGCGAAAAACAGAACCGGCGCUGGCCUACAAGACGGCGGUUUUUUUGGCACUGCCAUUAGCCACGACGACGGGGCGGUGGGCGCUGCCGAAGACGCGGCCGUGGAUCCAAACAUGUUUAACACCACACAGAAGCUUCCGUUGCCGCAGGACGCCGAUGAGUUCUUACCCGCCUUGGGCCCCCGCUCGCUCGACGAGGAAGAUCUCGAUGAGAACCUGAAUGAUGCGAUUGAUCUGGGGGGCAGAUCCAAGAAGCUCUUGUCGUCUUCUGGUACCACUGGCGGCGGUCCUGUUGCAAAGCUGAAUUUGUCGCAGUUAGACCAGCGGGGGGACAACUCGAGAGGGGGGGCGAUGAAAUCCCGUACAGCCGGCGGCUCGUUUCACAAACUUGCGGGCGAUGUCGAAGGACCUUUUUACGAUGAUGAGGAUGGCGAUGACGAUAAUCGAAAUCGUGCCAACUACAAGGAGCUGCAUCAAGACAACGAUGCGCAGGAAGGUGUUGGCGCAGCUGCAGGCGCAGCCCCUCCGGACGGACAUCUUACGGUUGGAAUCGACGCAGAAAGGCCGCAUCACAGACCACGCGAGGGAAAUAUGGAGUUCUCAAAUGUUACAUUCUCAGCUGUUACAUGAAUUUGUAAUGCAAGACUGGCAAAAUUGGAAGGAGGAAGAUUGCGCCUUUUGCAUUACAAGUUUGGCGCAGAUUUAGAUGCUGUCUAGCCCUCCCGAAAUUUGUCAUGCGAAGCAGCUCGAUCAUCUGCCGGCUUAGGGUGCUUUUGCAUGGAAAAUUCAUGCAACAGUUGAGAAUGUAACGUUUGAGAGCGCCAUAGGAAAAAUCGGUGGAGGUGAGGAAGACGACGCACGAGGAACACGGUCCGACGACGCGGGAGGACGGAGUGCGAACGCAGGAGCUGCGAGGCCAGCAUUUUUACCCAGUGCCCCGCCGAGACGAGCGGGUCUAAACGACGAGGCCAGCUCCGGUGACCCACCGGCUAUGUCAACGCGGCUGCUGCAAGAAGCAGGAGGCAUGUGGACGACAACAUCCCGACCAGCAGGCGGCGGCGGAGCAACACUUCUCUCAUCGAGCUUGUUGGACUAUGCAAAGAAGAAAUUAUUAGCGUUACAGUCACGACCUUACACGAGAACACUGUGUUCUUGCAGCUAUAGCAAGACGGACAACUUCUAAUAUCAUGCCCGAGACCACGCGGCUUGCAGGCUAGUUCCCUUUCUGGUCUUGCUCUCAGCAGCGCCUCUGCUGCAAGUAUUCUUUGUCAUCCGCAGCGAACACUUACGUAUGUAUUUGACGUGCUGAUGCUGUUGCUACAGAAGGGCUAGAUACAAAAAGUGCGCACCAGCAUCGCCACAACGUCAUGUAGUAAUGCUUUUUUUCUUGGAUACGAGUCGGGCCGGCUCAAGUACUAUGAACUGCAAAAGUGUCGUACUCGUAUAAAUGCAUUACAAAUUUCCCCAGCAUGAGAAAUAAAAUUUGUCAUGCGGAUUUACCUUAAGAAAAAAAAUUGCGACGCAAGACUUGCAUUUAUACGAGUGCGAUACUUUUGCACAGGAUAAGUACUUCCCUCCCGGAACUGGUGUCGAGAAUGGCAAGGUACUCGGAAUUUUUAAAGAUGCAUAUCGAAAGGAAAAAUCACCCCUCCGCAUAUCAAAAGGAAAUUUCUGAUGCUGGAUUUGUGUACACAAAUCCGAGCUGUCUUGCCGGAGAGCACUGCAGGCCAAUACCAAGGGCGAGGAGUUAGACGGGUUAGCACGAAAAACGUCCGCGCUGUAGGCCCAACAGCAUGACAAAUCGUCUGCACAAUGUGGCGGUUGUCUGUGGAGUUGCCUUCUUGCAAGACAGACACGAUUUGUGGCCACAAAUCAGCGUCACAAAUUUCCAAAAGUGUACCUUUUCGGUAUGGUGAGGGGGGAUUUUUCCUUUCAAUAAUGCACCGCCACAUCAACUACCAGACUGCAGUAGAUGACCACAGCACGGGCGGCAGGAACAAGAACUACGGAGAAGAAAAUUCGUCGCAAGACAACGUUAAUUCGUAUCAACCUAGUUGUUCUCGCUACAACCUUUCCGAGGAGCUACAGUUGUGGAGCCAGUUUCGGGUGACGCCCUAUGUUGUGCUGGUCCUGCUUAGCCUCAGUCUCGACGUGCAGUUGCAGCAGGGCAUUGCGCUCACACACAGCAGCUUGGGCUGGCACCCCCACAUCCUGGCCAACCCCGGGCUGCGGAAGAAAUUUCUCCCGGAUCUCUUUCAGAAGUUGGGCAACUUCGUCGAAGGCUACCGGACCGUCAGGACGUCGGCGCGGCUGGCUGUCGUGCCUGACAAAUUACCCUCUCCUCUCCGCUCGCAGAACCGCGCAAGCAAGCAUGAGCAUCGUCCUGGGACCACGAGCGCCACUACCAGCACAGAAAAGGCCGCGGAUGGCGGACCUGCGGGCAGCGGUGGAGGGGCGGCGCACCUUGGGCCCGCGGAAAUCACGUCGCGCAGACGUCAAUCUCGUCGUCAGCAGCUCACGUCGAAUACGCUUGGUGAUCUCUCCUGGCAGGACCUGCUCUCCCAAAUUGACUUCGAGCUAUUUGCUUGUCCUCCUGCGUAAGCUAUCCAGUGCAAAAGUAUCGUACUCGUAUAAAUGCAGGUCUCGCAUUACAAAUAUUUUUAAGGUAAAUCAGCAUGACAAAUUUUAUUUCUUUUUAUGCUGAGAAAAUUUUGUCAUGCAUUUAUACGAGUACGAUACUUUUGCAGUGCAUAUAAAAAGCUCCUGCUCCAGUUCGAGUUCGAAUUCGAUAUCAAAUGACUAUGAUUUUUUUAUGGCUGUUUUUAUCCUAAGCAAAGUCAGAUCUCAUCUACGCAUGGGCGUAAAAACAAUAAGAAGGCUACAUCACAACUUUGAAAAGCUUCAGGCCAUUUUUUGCAUAUCACAGACUGAGUGCGGAAACUAGUUGAGUUUCAUCUUCUACAGGUAUUUUGCAAUCGAGCAGAACAAGUUUAUGAACUCCGUUUGUCUACUUGUUUUAGUUAUAGUUUAUGCCCGUUAGAGAACAUCUCGACUGUGCGAAAUGAAAUUAUGAAUCAUGGUAAUGUUUUGACAACACGAAGAACACUCACACUGUGUGGAAGAGAUUCUUUUUAGUGCCCUUGACAUUGUUACGAUCAAGCGGGCCCCUUCGAAACGAGGAAUUUUCAUUUUUUUCUAUUGCAAAGAGAAAGAACCGUGACUGAGCGUUGCAAUGGAGCCGUCGCAGUUCUUCCUGCGUGAUAAUAGAGAUCGAAGUAAGUUUUUGCAAUAUAUAUAAGAGUUUCAAUCAAACGUAUUACAUUGAUGCGGGAUGGACGUGUAAGAUCUCGCAUAUUAUCAU